AUGCUUGCUCUGGCGAGGUGUUGGGUCGAUAUCGGCGAGGAUCCGAUUGUAGGUAACAACCAACGGAAGAUUGGCUUCUGGACCCGCAUCGUGCAACGAUACAAUCAGGAUGGAGUGAAGCUUGACGGGGCACCGUCUCACAAGGCGCUGGAGCUUCGCAAGCAUUUUGAGUGUGUAAUGUUUCACAUCGGUAUGUUUCAUGGCAUAUACGAGAACAACUUCCGAAUGAUGACGAACAAUAUGAGCUACGAAGAUGUGCGUGAUUUGUCACAAGCCCAAUUCACGAGUACCGUUAGCAGCGUCGGGUUCCAACAUUGGGAAGCCUACCUGAAACUGAAGGAUCAAAUCAAAUUUCGGGCGGGAAUUGAGGCAGCAGUGGCACCAGGCUCGGGGAGGAUGAGGCUUGUUGGAUCCCAGAGUUUGAGCAGCAACGGUCCGGUGCCAACCGACUUCACAGAGUCGGUUGAGGUAGUUCACCCUAUUGCUCGGCGCCCAAUGGGAGUGAAAGCGGCGAAGGGGAAGAGGAAGUCUUAG